AUGUUUGAUUGGAACGACGAAGAGCUAUCAAACAUUAUAUGGGGUGAGGAGGGGGAAAGUCAGGACCACAUUGUUCCAUAUCCAGAUGCCAAAGAACAAAAUUCUCUAGGAUAUGGAGAUUGCAUAAAGAAAGAAACAAAUCAGGAAACUGUGGAUAUAAAAUCUACUGAGCAGAAGGAAAGUACGGCCCUUAUUGACCAGCAUGGCGUGAAACAGGAGUGCAGUUCACAAUAUGACAAAGGUGAAGAUUUUCCCGCAACAGAAUUUAGUGUGGACUCAUGGCCUGAUCAGGAUUCUUUAGGCACUGAGAAGUGUGAAAGCAUGAUUAAAAUUAGUGAUGAUGCCAGCGCUGAUGAAAAAGCAGGAGCACUUAAUAAAAAUUCUGAAAUUUUUGGGACGAGCCUUGAAGCUAGCGAGCAAGGUGAUUUUGUUGACUACAGCUGGGCUAGUGUUGGGAGCUUUGAGGAUCUUGAUAGGAUCUUUAGCAAUGAAGAUGCCAUAUUUGGACAUGGGGCCCUUGGCAAUCCAGAAGAGCUGUGGUCGUCCUCCAAAGAUGUAAUUAGCAGCCCAGAGAAGUCUAUUCAUCCUUCAGGCGAUUCGACAUGUUCAACAUUUGGCACAGUAAGGACUGCUGAGAAAUUUGGAGGCCAAGAAGAAUAUUUUUUAGAUCAAAAUCAGUCAUUUAUGCCCGGUUAUGAAAAUCUGAACUUACUGGCUUCUGAUGACCCACUGGACAUCAAAUCAUGUCUUGUAAAUAUUGAAGAUCCUGGAAGUAAUCGAAAUCUCCCGUUAAAAGAAAAGAUGGCUUUCAAGAUAAGUGGAAGUAAUCCCUCAUACAGCUUAAACCUUGAUUCUGGAAAAGUUGCAGGACCUGAUGAAUACAUGGUUAAGGGUAAUCGGCAAAAGAAAUUGGUGAAAGCCCGGAAACAGCUUGAAGUAAAAAGUGACGCCAGGCAUGUACGAAACUUGCAAGCAUGGACUCAAACUGGAAGCCAAAUAUUGCAUUUUAAUAGCCCAUAUGUGCCAAAUAUGGGUCAAGUUUGUUCACCUUUGGUAUUCACUCAGCAAGGACAGCUUCAAGGAGCAGAUUCCCUGCAGUAUAAGCAUCCGAGCCUUAUGUCUUUCAUGCACAGGAAUAUAACAAAUUAUGCCACCAAUCCUGUUGCGUCACAUUAUCAUUCCGGGGAAGGUACCGAGCAGCCAGUGGCUACCAGUUAUGAUGUUUCUCGGGGUAAUUUGAAUCCUUUGAACCAGUCCAGUGAAGCCCCCAUCAAUAAUUCAAUGAUGACGCCUCAAGAGAAAAUUGAAAAAUUAAGAAGGCGGCAGCAAAUGAGGGCAAUGCUUGCAAUUCAGAAACAACAGCAGCAGUUCGGCAAUCAAGUCUCGUCUACUCAACAUUCAGUUGCAGAGGGAGAACAUAAUGAAUCUGAGGAUAACCUUUCAAUAUUACCUUCUUUGGAUCCCAAUUCUCCUGGUGAACAAGAUGACUCCAUUACAAUACCUUUGGCUCACGGUGACUGCCCUGUCCAGGACUCCAUUCUUUACCAGCUUCAGGAUAUUGUUGGAAAGUUGGACCUCAGAGUGAGACUUUGCAUCAGGGAUAGUUUGUUCCGGCUAGCUCAGAGUGCUUCUCGGAGGCAAUUGGCCUGUGAUACAAGCAGUAGCAACAAGACUAGCCGAGAUGAUAUUUCUAGAACAGAAGAAACCGACAGUCCGAACAGGUUACAGAAAACAUCUGAAGUGGAAACGGAAACUAAUCCAAUUGAUCGUACUGUGGCUCAUCUUCUUUUCCAUAAGCCUCCAGAGUUCUCAGGAAAGUCCUUUGAAAUACCUGAGGUGCCCUUAUCAGUGAAACUGAAAGCUUCCGGUUCAACGAGCAUUCUGACUCAGAGUUUGUCUCAAAGAUCAAAAAACAAUCAAAUGCUGUCUCAUCAGAGCCCAGAACUCCCUUGCUUGAACCCUGAAAAAGGCCACUUGAAAAGUAUAACUGAUUUUGAUGCAUCGGCAAAUGCAUCAACUACCACAGAUGCGGAUGAUAAGAACAAAAAAGUCGAGGAGUCCCACUGA